AUGGUGGGCCCCAUCCGAACCAACGAUACUCCAGCCGAGGGCGCGUCUUCCACAACCACAACCAGAACCACUACUGUUCAACCCCCACGUCCGCCGAACGCAUGGAUCCUGUAUCGCUCAGACAAACUCAGGCAGUUGCCACCCGCGAAGGGUAGACCCCAAGCCGAUGUGUCCAAGAUGAUCUCGAAGAUGUGGGCAGAAGAGACGGAUACCGUGAGGCUCCUUUACGAACGCAUGGCUGAUGCAAGGAAAGCCGAACACCAGCGCAAGUACCCCGAGUACCGCUUUCAACCCGUUAAGAAAGAGGAGAGGGCAAAGAUGCGUGAGCAGCAGAAGGUCGAAAGAGAACGUGCUCGCGCAGAAAAGAAGUCCAAACGUCGCGCCACGUCUGCCCGGCCUGCCGCGCAGCCUCCCCCCGUAUCCACACCUGUUCCCGCACCGAGUGCGCCAGCCGCGACGUCGCCUGUGGUAUAUGCCACACAAUACGGAAUGCCACCAGGGUAUGCCAUGAUGCAGAUGUCCUACUACGUGACACCGCACAUAAGCAACGAAGCGCGUUUUGGACCUGCUGGUCCAUCUCCCCCAAUUUCAGCUGCACCCUCUCCACAGGAGACAUCAGCCUCUCCUGAACCACAGCCUAUCACAGAGGAACAGCCCACACCCUCUACAAGUACUGCUAUCCUUCCUUUGCCAACCUCAGAGUCUCAACACUCGACCGCUUCGCAGCAUUCACUUGCGAACACGCAGUAUGCCCCGCAAUCUCUCCUAAGCGCUGAAUUACCCCCUCUAGUACCGCAUGUCCCUCAACCAGAUCAAGGUUCGCAGGUCCAGGGGAUUGAAGACUAUUGGCAGCCAUCCCUACCUCAGUCGGACCAAUCACAGGCAUCUUCGUCAUGUGAACCCAUGCAAUCACCCACGCCUGACUGGAAUAAUCUUACGUCCAGUCAACUGCCCCCUGUUGAUGCCCAAUAUCAGGAUUUCUUGAAUUUCGAUGUCGGGUUUCCUGAAAAUCAUUCAUUUGCCCAGCAAAGCAUUACCGACCUCUUGCAAUUUGAAGGCCUGCAGGAUAUCAUGUCCAUGUCCACAGGCGACGGCUUUUUUGGCUUGGCAAAUUUGGAUCCACUCUCCUUAGUUUCACAUCCUCAGGGUGAGCUUGAGGUAUCUGUAGGGGUUGAUGUUCAACCGCGUGAUUUCUCGGGCGAGCUCUUUGCCAACUUCGAUUUCUCCGCCCUCGAGCAACCGAUGGAUUUGAACCCAGCCACUGCUGUUAAUGACGCGAACGACCUAGCUUCCCUGCUGCAGGCACCCAGUGCCCCUGAGGAGCAAGCUUAUAGUGCUGCACGUCAGCGUCAACCUAGCAUAUUCACACAGGAUGUGAUGCAAUUCCUCAAUCUCGAGGUCGCAGAGGGUGUGCUACAGGAUGCCACAGUACUUCCUGCUGCUUCUACAGUUUCCCCGCAGCAGGUGCGCGCUCAUCCCCAACCCCCUCCGCAUGCACAGCCGAUGCCUAUCUUCACUCAGGUGACAAAUACACCUGUCGCGGGGCAGUACGUCCCUCCCGCGGGAGCUGCGAACUCAACGGUUCGUCGGGUCGGAGGUAGCUGGAAGCCCCCAGUUACAAUACCAGAAUCGCUGGAUGAGCAGACUUCUCACCACUGGGACUUCUCUGCCGCCUGA